AUGUGUUUCAAAAAAUACGAGUUAAUUAAGGAGAUAGGUAGUGGAACUUUUGGUCGCGUUUGGAUGGCAAGGGAUUAUGACAACAAUGAACUUGUAGCAAUAAAAAGAAGACCAAAAUGGCAAAACAUUGCAAGCCGUGAAGUUGAGGCAAUGGAAGCAGUGAAAGGAGAGAAAGGAAUUGUGCAAAUUCAAGGAUAUUUUUAUAGCUUAACUCCUGGAGGAAUAGUCAUGCAAAACAUUGUGAUGCCAUUAAUGUCAAAAAGUUUAGGCACUUUUAUAAGAGAAAAUAGAGCAUUAAGAAAGCAAAAUCCAUUACAUAGAAUAUCUCCAGAAAUGGUAAAAAAUAUCUCAUUUCAAAUCGUUAAGGGUUUGGCUGCAUUACAUUCAUCUGGAUAUACUCACCGUGAUUUUAAACCUGAUAAUAUUUUAUUGAUGGAUUCGGAUAACGGAUCUUCAAAAAAACUACAGAAUGAUAGCAUUCACAUGCCCUAUGUAGUCAGUAGGUUUUAUAGGGAAGCUGUGAUUAUAAUGAAAAAAUUGAUAUUUGGGGUAGGUUGUAUUUUCGCUGAAUUAUUGGCACUUGAUCCUAUUUUUGUUGGUCGAUGCCCUGAUAAGCACAAGGAUAAUAAGGUUAAUUUUAUCAAACAAGGAGUUGACGAGCCAUUUCAAAUUUUGAAAAUUAUUGAAAUAUUGGGUAGUCCUGGUUCAAAUGAUAUAGAAUUACUAAAAAAAAUGGUUCCGGAAUCAAUAAGUAAGAUACUUGAUAAGUGCCUGUUUGCCUCUGAAGUUUCUUCAAUUUCAUGGUUGGAAUUAUUUGAGGGUUUUUUUACAAAUAAGAUGGACUCAGAAUCUGAAAGCGUAUUAGGUAUUUCUUUAGAUACACGAAAACUACAUUUGAAUAAAAUAUUUAAGGAUAUCGGUGAAAUAUUGAUAAGAGUAAAGGAACUUACUGAGAUUGAUAAUGCUGCUGAAGCAUUUGAUUAUUCAAGGAGAAUAGAGCUUGAAAUGGCCAAUUUUGAAAAAAUAACAAGUAUUAAUGAUGACCAAAAAUCUGUGAAGAACAUUUUAAUUAAAGAAAUAACUGGCAUGGAAAGUGAUAUUGAAACACUUAAAUUAGAGUUUUAUAGGAUUUCGAGCCAACUUUCUGAUGCGGUUAAAGAGAAAGAUGAUUUGGAAUGCGAGUUGAAUAAACUCAAUAAUAAGUACAAAAUAACAAAUGCUGAGUUAAACGAAAUAAAAAAUAACUUAUCAAUAAGGUAUGAGAAAUUUAAAGAACACGCAAAGAUAAAUGAUUAUAUGAAAAAAGAAGUUGAAGAUUUAGAACUGGCAAUAACACUAGAAGAAAAUUCAAUUGCUGAAAAAAAGAGGGAAUUAAAAAAUUUGGAAAUAUUUAACAUUAGAGAAGAAGUUGAAAAAAGAAAACUCGAUAAACUGGCUUCUCAAGCAAUAUUGGAAUUAAAAAGGAAGGCUAAAGUGAGGGAAGUAAUUGAGGACAGAAUAAAUAAUGAGACAUAUUCUAUUCCAGUAAAGAUUCAAUAUGUGAAUAAAGAAAGUGGAAACACAUUUACAGAAGAUAAAAAAAAUUACAAUAAAAAAAUAACCAAGAUUGGACAAACAAAAUUAUGUAAUUCACUACAAAACAUCAAAGUAAAAAGAAUAUCAACACUUUAA